AUGCCAGUGGUGCCGGCCCCGAGCCUGGCUACUCGCGAUCUGUCGGGAAUGAACGCUGUGCGAGAGAUCUUCAGAUUGUUGGCUAGCAGCGCUGCCGGCGACAGUCCCGGUGAGCGUCUGAGCCGCGCCUUCGUACUUCGAAAGCUGCUCGAGCGAAGAGAGGUAGUCGCUAUUCUACUCCGCUCCGGUGCCCGCUGGCCGUUUCCAGCCGAGCUGCCGCCUGGCACCAAUCGAGGCUGGGUGGCUCAGUGGUCAGCGAUGCAAAAGGCCGUCUCAGACGUGCAGCGACGGCUAGACGAGCCGCAGCCAGCCGGCUCCAUGACGUCGCAAGGCCUCAUGGGCGAGCAGCGACGGCUAGACAAGCACGCAUCCCCCCCAUUGAGUGGUCCGGACCCGCUUAGCCGUCUGGACCUCGACAAGCCGUGGAUCCAGCACAUACUGGGUGGCUCGGCACAAGAGAGGGCGCGGGAGUUCCUGAGGCAGCAGAAUCUGUUACCAGCGCAAGGGCACCCGGUGAAACAAGUGCUCUCUGUCCCCGGAGGGGACCUGUUGUCAGCACAACAGAGGGUGCGGGAGGUCCUGCAACAGCAAGGGCGGCAGGUUCGGCCGGAGGGGGCGGGAGCAGAGAGCCCCGCCGGCCGUCCCAACGCCUCGAACAGCGCCGUCGCCGUGAUUCUGGCGCUGCUGCUCGUGGCGACGUCGACAGCUAAGGCGUCGGGCUGGCAGGUGAGGGAGCCGCUCAGUGAUCCAGCCGAUGGAGUGAGCGAGGCGGCGGCGGCGGAGCAAGCAUCGGCGGUAGACCACGGGAGGGAGGAAGAGGGGCAGCAGACGGCACCGAAGCCGGCCGUGGCGGAGGCCGAGGAGGCGGUUGGCGAGGCGGGGGCGGGGCAUGCCGGCCGCUCCACCCCCUCGGCACCGCCGCCUGAGGUCCUCUCGCUGGCGGACGCUAGCUUCGACACCGGCCGUCGAGACGCUCCUGAGUCCACCAUCGGUGGCCAGACUACGUGUAUCGUGUGCUUCACUAGGCCGAAGUCGCACGUCGCUGUGCCGUGUGGCCACCAGUGUGUCUGCGGCCCCUGCUCCGCUCGGCUGCGAGCGUGCCCGUAUUGCCGCACGCCAGCCGAGCGCUGGUGGCACGUCCGCGUGGUGUGA